GGGGCGGAGGAGAGAGGCGGCUUGGCUCCAGCUCUCUGCUUUGCUCCGCUCUGCCUCCGGCUCGGCGCGCUCAUCUACUGCCCAAGCCUCCGGCUCCUGCCCCAGGACCCCAGGCGGGACCCCAGUCCAUUCCAGACUCAGCCCCAGCCCCGACAGCGUGCAACGCCGCCAGGGGGCGCCGUGUGAGCGCCCUAUCUUGGCUACCCGGCGCCCCCUCCCACGGCCCAGGCGGGACGGGACGGGGGCGCCGGGGGCCAUGCGGGGCCAGGGCCGCAAGGAGAGUUUGUCCGAUUCCCGAGACCUGGAUGGAUCCUAUGACCAGCUCACAGGCCACCCUCCAGGGCCCACUAAAAAAGCGCUGAAGCAGCGGUUCCUCAAGCUGCUGCCUUGCUGCGGGCCCCAAGCCCUGCCCUCAGUCAGUGAAACAUUAGCAGUCCCAGCCUCCCUCCGCCCCCACAGACCCCGCCCGCUGGACCCAGACAGCGUGGAGGAUGAGUUUGAACUGUCCACCGUGUGUCAUCGGCCAGAGGGUCUGGAACAGCUGCAGGAGCAAACCAAGUUCACACGCAAGGAGUUGCAGGUCCUGUACCGGGGCUUCAAGAAUGAAUGUCCCAGCGGAAUUGUCAAUGAGGAGAACUUCAAGCAGAUUUACUCUCAGUUCUUUCCUCAAGGAGACUCCAGCACAUAUGCCACUUUUCUCUUCAAUGCCUUUGACACCAACCAUGAUGGCUCUGUCAGUUUUGAGGACUUUGUGGCUGGUCUGUCGGUGAUUCUUCGGGGAACCAUAGAUGACAGGCUAAACUGGGCCUUCAAUCUGUAUGACCUCAACAAAGAUGGCUGCAUCACCAAGGAGGAAAUGCUUGAUAUCAUGAAAUCUAUCUAUGACAUGAUGGGCAAGUAUACGUAUCCUGCACUCCGAGAGGAGGCCCCAAGGGAGCAUGUGGAGAGCUUCUUCCAGGUGCCUGGGACUGGAAGAUGGACAGGAACAAGGAUGGUGUGGUGACCAUUGAGGAAUUCAUUGAGUCUUGCCAGAAGGACGAGAACAUCAUGAGGUCCAUGCAGCUCUUUGACAAUGUCAUCUAGCUCCCCAGGAGAGGGGGUCAGUUGUCCUGGGGGCGGGGGAACCAUGCUCUAGCCCUAGUCCAGGUGGAACUCACCCUUCUCUUCCCAGGUCUGCCCUCAUCCUCACCCGGCCCUGGGGGCUGUAGGAAUCCAAGAGCCUGGGGGUUCAGUGGUCCUGACUGCUGGAGCCAAAGGGGUCAGGGAGUGGGGAGAGUGUACCUGUGGAGUGUUCCCAUCUCCCAACAGCUCCCACCCUGUUCCUGCCUGACACUCAGUGCUGAGGGUGCCCUUGUUAUAGGAAAUAAGUGGUUCUCGACCUUCCAUCCCUACUCUAGAAACUACAACACUAGACAAAAUGUCUCCUGCUAUGGUGCUUCCCCUAUCCCUGAUCUCAUAUGCAUUUUCUCUAAGAUCCUUCUCAGAGAGGCUACUCUGUCAAUGGCACUGACUAGCCUUUCAGACCAGGGCCUCUGAGAACCUUUUGGAGGGGGGCAAGAAUGUAGAGGGGAGAAAUCUUAGGCCUGAGCUGGGUGGUUAGGCCAUAGGUGGCUGGGAUAGAGUGCAGGAAAGCCUGGGGAUGGUCAGUAACACCUCAGGCAUGCCAGACUGUAGGUCUAAGCGCCAUAUGUGUGCCACCUCAGGCUAUCAGAAUAUGAGUUUCCAGGCUCUUCAGAAGACUCUGUCUCCUUGGGAAUGGCCCAGAAAUGUCCAUACUCUCCUCAGUAUUCCAGGAGAGCUUGGGAUUCUGAUAUCUGGCUCAUCUCUGGAAUUCCUUCCUCUCCUUCCUUCCUGUGUGUAGGGGUGGUGGCAGCAGCAGGGGAAUAUGGAUGGGAGAUGUCCCAGCUGAAAUCUGCCAAAGUUUCAGCCUACCCUCUGAUGGUUGCCACUUAAGUUUUCAUUUGCCAUUUAUUUUAGACCUAAGGUCUAAAAUAGACCUGGAGGCAUGGAGUGAGUCAGGGACCAUCCAGGGGAUGCCUUAGAAGAAAGGGGAGGGAGGGAGGCCCGUAUUCCAUCUGAAACCAGUGUGGGGGCAUUCACUAGAAUCUUUGCUUACCCAGGCUCUAUUCUACCCCCCACGUAACCUCCACAGUUCCUACCUAGGGUCUCCUCUUGCUCUAUUCAGUCUACCCAGAGAUGCCCCUGAACACACCGAGAAGGCAGGGACCACUCUUGCCAUGCUGCCACCCUUUAAUAUACUUGCUUGUUCCAUUUAGCUCACCCUCCCAGUCAGUCAGGAUCUGAGGGUAAGGGCCCUAAGGGAGGCCCCUUGCCCAUCAGAACACUGUUGACUGCUUUGCAUUUUUGGCUUCUCUGUAUAUUUUGUAAAAUAAAAACUGUACCAGAUCCAAUAAAACACAAUGGCUAUGCAUA